AUGCAGUACACAACCACCACUGAGAGCCACGACUGGUGGCGUGUGAAGCCUGCGGACUUCAGCUCUCUCCCAUGGUCCCAGUGCCCGGAUGAGAGCCUGGGCUUGCCACUUGGGAGCCCAAUCUCUCGUGAACACCUGCGUGACGUUCUAGGCCCUGAAGAGGACAAAGUGGACCGGCUACCAUGGCCCUCCUCGCCUUUGAGAAGCGUGUCCGACGCUAUUGGGCAUGCAGAGUUCGUCCGCGCUGCGGCCAUUGCCUUGGGCGGCGCACACCUGGCAGUUGCUCGAGGUGCUAGCUUUCUGUGGGGAUCAUCCACUUCGCAGAAACCAUGGGCGCCAGGAAUUGCCUUGCAGACGUCUUCUUUUUUUCUAUGA